CAUCGAUAACAGUGAAUAAUAGCCAGGAAGGAAGGCAGACAACAGUAAGAACAUGCUCGAGAGGUGCUGUAAUUCUUGGGACAGGGCGCCUCUGCAAAGGAGGAGGAGAGUUUGCAGGGUGGAUGGGAGGAGGGGGUCCUGUCGCUGUUGAUGCUUUCUAGAGCUCAGCAGCUGGAGAGAAACAUUGGCUAAGGAUGGUCAAAGCUGGGAAGGGAAAAACUCAGGGAGGGAAAAGGAUGAAGUGAAAAGAACUAGGAGCCACGCUGGAGAGCAUACAAAGAGCUUGCUGACCUCUGAUGCAUGAGAGAUGAAGAAAACAGAGAGUGUUUGACUAUGUGGACCAUGUGGGUGAUCUUCUUCUGGAUUUCAGCUGUCCCGAUGGAAGCUAUUCCACCUGUCUGUGACCUUCUGGGCGUCCUGAAAAGGGAGGAGGAAAAGUGUGUGGAGACUCUUUCCCUGGAGGCAAGGAACAGAACGACUGAAAAUGAUCUGCUCCUGAGCUCAGGCAGAUGUGCUGGAAUGUGGGAUAACAUGAGCUGCUGGCCUUCAUCCACUGUGGGACAGACUGUCAAUGCUCACUGCCCCGAAUUCUUCCAGAUGCUGACUGGGAAAAAAGGUUUUGUGUACCGAAACUGCACAAGCGAGGGCUGGUCAGACCCCUACCCAAGACCUGAUAUUGCUUGUGGCUACAAUGUCAACGACACAACCAACGAGGCCAGACGUUCCUAUUUCAUGACCCUGAAGAUCAUGUACACCAUCGGCUACUGCACCUCCCUUGUGACGCUGAUGAUAGCCUUAGUGGUCCUGGCCUCCUUCAGAAGACUUCACUGCACAAGGAACUACAUCCACAUGCAUCUCUUCACAUCCUUCAUUUUGCGAGCCUCAUCCAACUUCAUCAAGGAUGCUGUCUUGUUUUCCUCUGAAGACACAAAUUACUGUGGGGCAUACACGGCUGGCUGUAAGCUCACCAUGGUCUUCUUUCAGUAUUGCAUCAUGUCUAACUACAGCUGGCUCCUGGUGGAAGGGCUGUACCUCCACACUCUCCUGGUGAUUUCUUUCUUCUCGGAAAGGAAGUUCCUCUGGUGGUUCAUCGCCCUGGGAUGGGGUGCCCCAACAGUGUUUGUGGCUGCAUGGGCGACUGCUAGGCAACUCCAUGAAAAUAUUGGGUGUUGGGACAUUAACACUGAUGCCAAUACCUGGUGGAUCAUUAGAGGCCCCAUAGUUUUGUCUAUUUUUAUUAAUUUCAUUCUGUUUGUCAACAUUUUAAGAAUCCUGAUGAGGAAGCUCAGCUCCCCCAAAAAACGGAGCAGUGAUUUCAACCAAUACAAGAGACUUGCAAAGUCAACACUCCUCCUCAUCCCUCUCUUUGGGGUCCACUAUAUCAUCUUUGCUUUUUUCCCUGAGGAUGCCAGCAGCGGCACAAUGGAAAUUCAGCUGUUUUUUGAAUUGGCUCUUGGAUCAUUCCAGGGCUUUGUUGUGGCUGUACUUUAUUGUUUUCUUAAUGGUGAGGUUCAGCUGGAAGUUCAGAGAAAAUGGAGGCAGUGGCAUUUAAGCAAACACUGGCGUCAGCACCUCAGCACCUCAGCGAGUAACGGAGGAAGUGGCUUCACUCAAGAGAUGCACAUGGUGAGGUCCAGCCCAGCAGAGCACAGGAGAGGAACCCUCCAAAGGUCAAGUGUGCUUUAACCCUGUGCACCUGAAGGUACCUCCAUGCUCAGAUACACAUGGACUGAGCUGGGAGUCUUGUGUCCAUAUCCAGAGCGGGACUUGGCUGUAGAUCAACGUUUCUUGGAGCACAUCUGUGUAUAUCCUGUGCAGCACCGUGGUUAUUUUGCAAAGCAAAAUGGGCCAAAAUAUUAUGCUCUUCCUUGAGUUUCUGGCCACAGUAAUUUGUGUUUCUUUCCACACCUGCUGUUAGUUCUACCUUAAAUGUGACCUUCCAUUUUCCAUGUGGCUCUCCAACAUGUUCCAGGCUAAGUCAGGCUGGUGAUUUUUUGAUGUUCACCCUUUCUUCUGCUGCAGAAGCUGGGAGGAUAUUGAAUUUUAUAUGAUGAAGGUUAUGUGCCAUCCUCCAUGGGUUUGAAAUGCAAAAUAAAGUAAUGCCUAGCAUUUCUCUAA